AUGCCUGGAAAAUGUAAAUUCCAGGACUCCUGGCUCUCCAAGGACAUUUACAAGGACUGGCUGCUGAAGGAUGUGCAGGACAUUCACUUCGCCAGGUGUCGGGCCUGUUGUAAAUCUAUCAAACUCCAGACCAUGGGCGAGGCUGCUCUCACCAGCCACGCAGGGGGAGCUGGCCACAAAGCGGCGGUCCGCAAGCUAGUGGAAGCAGGAAAUCUGAUGAUGAUAAAUGCUGCUGGGCAGAUGAACGGCACCAUCACUCAGAGUGAAGACACCAAGGAGCAAGUGGCCGUCUGCCUCCAGCGUGACGCCUUGGACAGAAUAACAGGCAGCGACUGGUCAGAGCUGCACCACAGCCCCACUUCAAACUCCACCUCCCACAAUGCCGAGCUACAGGAUGUGGCUUUUCCCUCUGCCUACUUCACAGCUCCAGGAACCUCCAGGCUCAUCAGCCAUCGUCUCCACUCAUCAGGCAGCGAGGCGGAAGACGCCGGCCGCCGCUCGGUCCAGCACGACUCCGUGGAGCUGUCGAGUCUGGAGCAGCAGCAGAGGACUCAGGCUCUGGAGCAGCAGCAGCAGAUGAAGAUCCUGGAGUGGGAGAACAGGAUGAAGGUUCUGGCCUGGGAGCAGGAGCUGGUGAGGGAGAAGAGGAGAGCGGCCCGGCAGAAGGAGAAGGCCUUCAGGAUGAAGAAGGCGUACUACAAAGCCAAGUUAAAGAGGAUGGGCGAGGACGUGCCGCCGUCUUCCUCCAGCAGCAGCGAUGAAGAGGAGAAAGCCUCUGAUCCCACAGGAUGAACUGAUUUAACUUGUGUUUUUAUUAGUGUUUGUUUCACUUGUGUCUCUUUUCUCUACAUGUCAUGGAACUGUUGCUAUUUUUAUACAUGGUUUUUGUACUUGAAUGCAGAGGGAAGUUUCUCAGCUGCUUUAAAUCAGCUGUUUUUACACAGAGAGAAAAUGAGUGAAUGAAUGAGGCUGAAUAAGGAACAUG